CCAGCUCUCUGUUCCAAGAUCAACAUCGACACUCCCGCCAUCGGAUCGUCCCCUUAGAUUUGGUUACGGCACUGGAACCCAUAGUGCGAAGUUUCUAGAAUAAAGCACACAGUCCUAAAGAUGCGGGCCAGGGGGUCGCGGUUUAGACUCCUGGCGCUGUCUGCAUCAGUGGUUGCGGGGGCGCAGGAUGGGAAACUUGGGAAAGUAAUACAACUCCUCACCGAAAUGCACAAGGCCGGGACAAAAGAGAUGAAGGACGAACAGGUUGCGUGGUCCGCGAGAAAUCAGUGGUGCACAAACCGGUUGGAUGCACUCACAGUUUCUGUCGGGGAGUUGAAAGAUCAGAAGUCCGACCUCGAAGCCAGCAUUGCUCAAGCCGCCGCCGUAUCAAAUGUAAAAAUGUCUGGGUCUGGAAGAGUCAUGCUGUUUUUGCAUGGCACAGAAGGCCUGGCAUGGAAGUUCUAGCAUUACAGGUUUCGAGAAGCUUCCGCAAUGUCGAAUCCGCAUGACAAAUCCCCCACUUUGGUGAGAGAAAGGGGGCAGCUUUCGCUACCCGUGCAUGAGAGAUUUUUCUGUGUUGUGAAAUGUGCAUCACAACUUCGGACUCUUCCAGACCCAGACAUUUUUGCAUUUGAUACGCCGACAUGGAGGAAAUAGCAGAGAACAUUGCAGAACUGCAAGCCACCAUCGCGGACAGAAACGCGAAGAAGGAAAAGGCAACCAAAACCAGAGAGGAGGAGCAUAAGGCGUACCUGUUGGAAAAGGCGGACUACGAGGAAUCAGUAAUGGCCUUAGAGAAAGCAAUUCAAAUCAUCGAGAGACACCAAAGCAAGUUCGGGUCCGUUGCGCAGGAGAGCUUUUUGCAAGUCUCGCAGAAACUUCCGGAAGACGUGCGAGGUUUGGCCAUGGCCAUGUUGGAGAUGGAUGGUACUGAUGAUGUGCUGGAUUUCAUCAUCAUCGCGCAUGUUUUGGAAAUUUAGCUAAGAUCUACCGCAUCGCUCGAUCUUUUCGACUGAGAAAAAGAUUUUUGCAUUCAGAAAUCUAAAUUUACACAACUUGAACCUUUCGUUAUCUCAGCCCCACCAACCGGCGAGGCCAAGGCGUACGAGGCAAAGACCGGUGGCUAUGACCCGCUCAAAAGUUACAAUCUCAAACGUUACAAUAGAGUCUGGAUUUUGUGAUGCAAGAAGUGCAUGAUCUACCCAAUUCGCAUAGGUUUGCGCAUGACAAGUUCUGGAGUGCCAAACCGCACUAGGAUCUGCCGAAAUUUGUAUUGCGAAAAGCGCAAUACUCUGCACGUUCCUCAUGCUCUCCAUGCAACACAAAUUCCAGAUUCUAUUGUAACGUUUGAGAUUGUAACACCUGAGCAGGUUAUAGUGGCGUUCUCGGUAUCCUCGAGAAGUCCCUCGAUGAGUUCCGGCAGAAGGUGCAUGACACAGAAAUGGCCGAGAUGAAUCGCAGACACAACUACGAGAACAUGAUUCAGCUCCUCACGGAGGACAUCGCCUCUGCCACGACCGACUCCGAGGACCAGAGCAUCAACCUGCAGACGAGAAAGUCGGACAAAGCAAAGGCCGAAGAGCUCUUGGUGGUGUGUAUCGUGAGAAAAAACUGUUUCGCUGUGAACUUGUGAUGCAGAAAAUGGAACGCAGAACUCAUUGUCUUGCUACACCUGCAAGGCAUUGAAUUUGCAAGCGUGUUUUCCCUUGGGAAGCGCGCAUGACAAAUUUUCAGUGUCAUAUGUAGCAAACUUGUAAUGCAGAUGUUGCAAAGUCAUCACAGUGAAACAGUUUUUUCGUGGGAUAGUGUGCAAAGAUGAUUUAAAGGACACCAUGGUUGAGAAGCAAGACACCGCCAUGACCUGCACGUCGGAAGCGAAGGAGUACAAAACUAAACAAAGAGUCCGCGGCGACGAGUUGGAGGCUUUGGACAAGUAUCACAUGUAAAAAUGUCUGGGUCUGGAAGGAUGCAUGUUUGUCAUGCUUGUCUGGCAUGACUAUUAAAUCUGUCAUGCACGUUGCCCAAGAGCCGCAUUUUUAUGUCAUGCGGAGACGCAAUUUGUCAUGCAGAAUAGGCAACACCUACAAGCUCAGAAAUUUGUCAUGCUGAGCCAGCACUUGUGGCCUCUUCAUGCUACGCCACUUAGCAUCACAAGUUUCCAGACCCAGACAUUUUUACAGUUGAUAACAAGGCGAUUGAAAUUCUCGGCGGCAUUAGCUUUGCGCAAGUCAAGGUAACCAGCUUUGUGCAACUGAAGAACAGCGCUGACUCGCAAGUGCAAGACAUGGGCGAGGCUGCGAAGGUGAAUUUUAGCUUUUUUAGGACUUUAAAUUUCUCGCAUUUGCAUAGAUCAACAAGCGCGCAACGAUGUUCUUGCAGGUUGUCUUUAGAUUCAGACUUUGCCUACUUCACGACCCAACAAAACUUCGAUUUACGGGAUUCGCACGCCGAAACAUUCUAAAACCCUUUAAUUAAACCAGAUCUCCAUGUUCCUGCGUCACGCGAGCGUGCAGUUGCGUUCCACUUCUCUCGCCCAAGUUGCCGACCGGCUGGCUGAGGACCCGUUUGUGAAGGUCAAGGGCAUGAUCAAAACCAUGAUCGACAAGCUCAUGGAGGAGGGUGCCGCGGACGCGAAGCUCGAGGCGUUCUGCAAGCUGAACUUCGGCAAGGCCAAGAAAAAGAUGAAGAAGUACAACGUAUCCUGUGCAAAAGUAUCGUACUCGUAAUUGCAAACAUGCAUUACAAAUUUUGUUAUUAACCUAAAUCCGCAUUACAAAUUUCAUUUCUCAUGCUGAGGAAAUUUGUCAUGCAUUUAUAUGUACGACUACGAUGCUUUUGCACUGCAUACAAAGCCGCUGCUGACAAGUACGCUGCCGAGCAGGCCAAGCAGUCCGCGUUGGCCGAGAAGCUGACCGAGAGCUUUACGCAAUUGACGGCUGAGGUACUGAUUUUUUUUGGAAGUGACAGUUUUCUUCUUGCAGCUGCACGGGUCCUGGUCAGCAUUCCUUUGGGUAAUUUGUCCGCCCGUGAUUGUCUACAGAUUUGUGCAAGAUCGCUGGGAAAGUAGUUUCACAACCAAAACUCCGAUUAAACAGAUCGCCGCCCUGCGUACCGCCAUGGCUGAUGCCACGAGCGCCCGUAACGCCGAGAAGGAGGCCAACACGGCCGCGAUCGCCGAGGCCAAGGACGGUUCCGAGGCGGUUUCUCAGGCGCUGGAAGUUCUCCGUGCCUUCUACGAGAAGGCCGGGGCUGCCAUGCCGGCCAUGUUCCUGCAGAAGUCGCAAAAGAAGGUCCAGAUCCCGAAGCCUGGGUCCGCCGCCUGGGAUGCCAUGGGUCCGCCGGAAUUCGCGGACCCCGCCGCUAUUCCGGACGACUAUGCAACCUUGCCGGAAGGCAAGG